CCACAGGAAGGAGAGAGAGCGGCAGAAGCAUCAUCAGCGGCAGCAGCGAAGCCAAAGCAAAUUGCACAGAGGCAGCGCGCGGCGGAGGCACACGCGCUUCUCGUGCUGCUGCCUUGGCGUGGGUGGGGAGAGGGGGGAGGAGCUUCGAGAAGGUUCCGAGGCGGGAGAGGGCUGCUGGCGGGGGCCGCGGGCGCCGGAAGCAUGUUGGGGAGGGACGAGCUGCUGCGGCGGAGCCUCGUGACGCUGGCGGCGGCCGUGGUGGUGACCGGGGUGGCCACGGCGUCCGUGCGGAAGGCGCUGGCCACCUACGUCUUCGGCAUCCUGGCCAUCGCCGGCGUGCUGCUCCCGGACUGGGAGUUCUUCGACCGCGACUUCUCCCAGUGGCUCACCCCCAUGCCCGCCUCCCGCCGCACGGCCGCCGCCGCCGCCGCCGAGCGCGAGCACGACAUUUGGAGGCCAACCUGGGCGUGUAUUCUGCAAAUACGUGCCUGACGCGGCAGAUGCUAGCCGAUGACGUGGCAAAACGAAGUUUAUAUUAGCAGAGACCGGCUGUGGGUACAAUAGAAUCUUGCGAGGAGCGGAACUGAGAUCGACGGAAGGUGGCUGGAAACAAGUUGAAGCCACGAGUUGAUGCCCUGCUAGGUCGGACGUAAACCUCCGGUCAGCGUGUGCCACUUAAGCAUAUAUUUGCAAUAUACAUGUCCUAGUUGGCCUGCGAUGUGUCAAGCAGUAAGUUUCACGUCACCCGAACGAUUGGGGCCAUCAUGUCAGAACCACUUGAAGAGCUGAAAUGUGGUAUAAAUAUGUGCAAAAUCUGGUUUAGAAUGGCACAUACCAUCAAAUAGAAUAAAAUGUAGUUCAACCUGCACUUUGUUACAAAUAAUUAGCUUCAAAUAGAUUUUAUUCUCAGUGUAUUGUAACGUACAAGGUAGAAGAAAUCAGUUUUGUCAAGGCCUCAAGGGACAGUGGUUUUUUUAAUUGUUACUCCUACAAAGGUUUAUUUUGUUGUA